ACACACACACCGCGUGCGCACACUACGAAGAGCACGGAGCGACGCAAACGCUUUAUUUAUGAUAUUCAGAAGUGUCACUGCCUGCUUUCUCUGCACCUGGCUUUCGUUCGGCCAAACUAAACCAUGGCAGUUUGUUAGGAGCUGCACUUGAAGAGCAAGUCCGUGUCAGUUUCUUGGCGGAUCCGAGGCACUGCGAUGCCCUCAGACUUCACAUCGCUCUUUAGCGCGGAUAUCGACCUCGAUUCGCCCAAGUCCCUCUACUCCAAAGAAUCAGUAUAUGAUCUUCUCCCGAAAGAGCUGCAGCUGCCGUCUUCUAGAGAGCAGAACGCAGCCGCUAUGAGUCAAAAAAGUGGUGGAGAGGCAGGACCUCCGCCGCCGACGGCUCUUGCCACAGAUGCAUCGUCCACCUCUUCUGCUAUGGGCAUGGGAAGUCCUCACAGGGCUUUCCCCACCUCUUCGACCUCCGCUUCAGAGCGGAUCGCCGUGCAUGAAAGCAGCACCCCGGGAGAUGUUAGCAGUCGAAGAAAAGCCGAGGUUCUGGCUGCAGAAAACAAGCUUUCCGGUCGAGAAAAAGGUGGCCAGCAGACCCAGCAGCAACACCAGAUGACACCCUCCAAACGGCCUGUCCUCAACAUCUCGCCUCCACCCGAGGACCUGUUCGAUGAGAGCAACAUGUCCUGCCAGGAUGAGCUGCUUCUCGACUCGGAGCAGAGUAGCAGCAUCUGGAUGGAAAACUCGGUGUCCAGCUUCAGCAUUGUGAGCUCCAGCUCCUACAAUGACAACACUGAAGUGCCCCGCAAGGCCCGUAAGUGCACCCCGCGACAGAAGCCCGGGCCAAAGCCGGUCCCUGCUGAAGAUGCAGAUAGUGCCAAAGGUCCACACUUUGUGCUCUCGCAACUUGGCCCAGACAGCAAGACCUGUUCCAAAGCAAGCUCUGAUGGACCACAAGCUUCUGGCCUUAAAGGUGGGAUACUGUCUCGUCAGUAUCCUCAGAAAAGUGAAGGGAAAGAACUGAAGAUUGUGGUGCAGCCUGAGACUCAGCAUAGAGCGCGUUACCUGACUGAAGGCAGCCGUGGGUCUGUGAAAGACCGUACACAGCAGGGUUUCCCUACUAUCAAGCUCGAGGGUGUGAAGGAGUCAGUGGUCCUGCAGAUUUUUGUGGGCAAUGAUGCUGGACGUGUAAAGCCCCAUGGCUUCUACCAGGCUUGCAGAGUUACAGGCCGUAACACAACCGCCUGUAGGGAAGUGGACAUCGAAGGCACCACUGUCAUCGAAGUGCCUCUGGAUCCCAGCAGCAAUAUGACUCUGGCUGUUGACUGCGUGGGGAUCCUAAAGCUCAGGAAUGCUGAUGUGGAGGCCCGUAUUGGGGUGGCUGGAUCUAAGAAGAAGAGCACCCGUGCCAGACUGGUGUUUCGAGUCAACAUCCCACGACCGGAUGGCUCUGUGCUCACGUUACAGACCUCUUCGUCUCCCAUACUGUGCACCCAGCCUGCAGGAGUACCUGAGAUUCUCAAGAAGAGCUUGCACAGCUGUUCGGUUAAAGGGGGGAGUGAAGUCUUUAUUAUUGGAAAAAACUUUCUCAAAGGAACCAAGGUCAUAUUUCAGGAGAAUGCUUCAGCAGAUGAUAUAUCCUGGAAGGCAGAGGCUGACAUUGACAUGGAGUUUUUCCAUCAGAAUCACCUUAUUGUCAAAGUCCCUCCAUAUCAAAAUCCAGCUAUCACAUCUCCUGUAGCUGUUGGUGUCUAUGUUGUUACGAAUGCUGGACGUUCCCAUGAUGUUCAACCAUUUACAUACACUCCAGAGCCAGUUGUCGAUUCUUCUGUGAAAAAGGAAGUCUUGCCUCCAGUGACACCUUGUUGUUUUGAACAAAUUAAAGUAAUAGAUACUGCCUUGAUGACGCCAGUUUUGCCUCUUGUUAAACGAGAAGAGGUCACUCCAAUGGAGGUCUCCAGUAACCCCUCGGCCUUCAAGACCUCUGAAGUCAUCAGUUCAGCCCAGCAAGCCUUAGAGAUGAGUGCAGAGAUCUCCACCAAUAACUGCACAUUUUCCAAUCCGCUGGCACACCAAACAAGAGAACAGGAUCAAUCUCAGAGCUCUGUCUUUUCCAGCAAAGAACCAUUCAGCACCAUCCAGGAACAGAGUCUUGCACCCAGUGGCUCUUUCCAUGUGCCUAAUAAAUCUCUCCUCCAGCAAGGAGUUCAGCCAUUCCUCUUGGAACACAGAGAGAGUCUUGAACAGGAGAGGACAGGCAACAGUGGCGGUUCAGUGGUGGGGCUCUCCCAGAUUGAUGACAACUCGCAGCAGCAGCUCUCACUUCUACCUCCAGAUGAGGUGGCACAACUGGAGCAGGCAAUAAGGCAGCUGCAAGCGAAGGGAUUCUGCAACAUCCAUCUCCAGAGUGAGAAUUCACUGUCAAAACAAAGACACCAUCAACUUCAACAGCAGCAGCUGCAAAUCCAACAACAGCAGCAGCAAAUCCAGCAGCAGCAACAGCAAAUCCAGCAACAGCAGCAGCACAUCCAGCAACAAGAGCAACAAAUCCAGUUGCAGCAGCAGCAACACCAGCAGCAGAAAGCUUUGGAGAACCUUCAACAUCAGCUCUUUCAGCCCCAGGUUCAAAUCCAUUGUAGUUCAGAGCAGCAGAGCUCCUCCCAAGGUAUGGUUCAGAAUGGAAGCUCUCUCUUCCAGCAGACCCCAUCACAACAACAGCAGCAGCAGCAGCAACAAGCAUCCUUGUUUCAACAAGCAACUGGCUUUCUUCAGCAGCAGCCCAGUCAUUCCUCGCCUUCUCUGUUUCACAACCCUACAGCCAUGACCGAAACCCAAAGCCCACAGGAGGCUCUUUUCCACACACAGAAGACCUCACCCAAUGAGGAUCAGGUCCAAGCAUCGCUUUUCCAAAGCAAUCUGACGGUUCUCGGUGGGUCCAACAUGUCAGCGGAAGCUCAGCCCUCUGUGACCAAUAUGUUUCUUUCCCAAAAUGCCAUACCAGGUCAACAUGCUGUUAAUGCCGGCCAGCCACAGCAACUGGCCUUUCUCACUUCUAUGCAGACAUCUUCUCUCGAGGCACCAUCUGUAUUUCAGACUCCACCCCAACUGUCCCCCAUUCAGCAAGGUACUCCGAUGGAGCUGCAACAAUCACCACAGCGAGCCCAACCUGGCUCCAUGUUCCAGAGCAUCUCCCAAUCACCAAGCAAACUCCCCCCUGGUCAGCAGCAGCAGGCUAGUCUACUCCUCGAAUCCUUAAGUUCCCCAGUGACACAAGAGCAAACCUCUAACCUGCUAUUCGGUGGCCAAGUCCAGAUAGGAUCAAUGAACAACAACAGCCUAUCUUCUCCAGAACAACAGAACACUUCCCUUCCCUUCUCUCAGGCUGGCAUGGUUACAGUCAGGCAGCAGGAGUCGUCUGAACCCAUAACAUUUCAGGAUCAGACUACUAUGGUGGUCAACCCGUCCUCGAAUAAGCCCAUCUUCCAAGACCAGCAACCAAUGCAGUUGGCACCAAGUUCUGGUACAGCCCCUUCCCAGUCUGUAAACCUCUUCAUGGCCCAAUCCAGCAUGCAAGGGGGUAUGGCUUCUCAAGAACCCCUUUUUGCACCACAAAGGGAUGUAACCAGAAUUCAGACUAGCACUUCCUCUCCAGUACAACAGCCUGGUCAACUCUUUCAGACCACAAUGAGCCUCAACCAGCCCAAUCAGAAUCAGCAGCCAGACCUGUUCCUCUUUGAGAUUCAGAACGAGUGCCAUCAGCUGAUGAACAACCAAGGAUCUACACUGUCUGACCAAAUCAUUGCCAUCAAUCAGUCUGGACAGAGUCAGCAAGAGAGCGAAGGGCAAAUCCAGUCUUUACUUGGGCAGUCUAUAGCAGACCCAGGAACUGUGCAGACCACCUUGACAACCUCUCAGAACAUGGAGAAGAUUGACGACCUUCUGGUGAGCCUUCAGGAGCAAGGCAAUAACAUCUCCCACUCCUACUAGGGCCUUCAAGGUGUGGCUGCCCAAUUCAUUCCAUAUAUGACUGUAGAUAUUUCUUGCAGACAUAUUGGAUAGUUUGGUAUCCUCUAUCUUGGAUAUUCGAAGAAUACAUGAUGGUGGAGAUAUUUUGCUCAGACCCCUUAAAAGAAAUAGCAAGACUUUCAGAGUAGGCCAUUCACUCUAUAUAUUGACACUGAGAAAGUAGAGUCGCCUGUUGAAAGAUCUGGCAGAAUCACAAGUCAAUCAGCUUCUGUUUUGGUCUGCAAUUCUCCAGAACCCUCUGGAGAACCUCAAAGUGAGAGCAUUUGUCUGAGGAACUUAAAUAUGUUCCUGCUAUAAAGACUGUCAUUAGUUCCGCAGCAACCCCAUCAUAAAUAAAGGCUUUGAGGCGCUUGAGAUAUAUAUUGAAGUUCCUUGAGUACACAGUAGGAUAUUUAAGGCACCUGGAAACCUAGAGAUUCCCCAGAGGCAGUCUGAGGAACUGAAACGCUGCCUUGAGGCUCUCUUUUAUUUUGACAGAAAGAGAAGAUCAGGACACAUGGGAUGAUGAUUGCAGUUAUGCCUGAACACGAUUUGUAGACACCCCACUUUCUCAGUGAGCCUCGGAUAACUUUGUGAUUUCUAUUUUGAACUGUUUAACAUAAUCAAGAAUGCUAGUCUGCAGUGAGAUUUUUUUAUUUUCAACACUUUUUGUAAUCAGUCGUUGAUACCUUUCUGUCUCGGUGCACUUGAGUAUCUAUAAGCUAUUUUUCUUUUGUAAAACUAUUUUAUGCAGUCAAAUGGGGAAAGAAAAUAUCUAAGUGAAAAAUGUGUUUGGGCAUUUUCCUCCUAGCACUUUAUACAUGUUUUCAGUGUGACUCGUUGACAUUUCAUCAAGAUGUCUAUCUCAAACCAUGUUUACUGUAUAAAUAAUUCUAGUGUCUUUCAUCUCUCUGGACUUCGAUUUAAGACUAAUCCGUAUCAUACUAUACCAAUUAGAAAUGUUCGUUCCUGCUUUAAAAAAGCAGUUAUCAGUAAUCUGAAAAACAAAUCGCAUCUUAUAUUUAUGUUUGAUUAUGGUUUACAUAAGUCAUUUCUUGCCAUCUCAUUUAGUUGGUGUCUGCUUUGUUUUGCAUGUCUGAGUGUCCUAUAUACAUGCAUAUGUGUGACAUAUUAUUUUAUGAUAAAACCUCUAAAAGUGUGUCAUUAUUAAAUGUAUUCUUUUACUGAUUCUAAAAUAUUGAUAGAUUAUGCUUAUAUCAUUCUGUGUCCUUGUGAUGGGUUGGGUUAUUUUAUUUGCCAGUGUCUGGUACGCUGUAACAAGGCCGAUUGGUUUUAUUGGCAAAUCAGAAGGGAGUGUCCAACCAGUAUUAUCGACAAGGCAUACAUUAAAUACAAAUGCUGAAUAUGCUGGAGAAGCAACCCUUUAUCUUAUGUAGCGGAAAUCGUUUUUUAUCAAUUCUCAAAUGUUAUAGCCAAUAAAUAGCCAUGUCAAAAUCGAAGACCAUGUUUAACCUUUGAUCCUAAUUGGCCAUUUUUGUGGCUCAGGUGGUUUGUAUAUUCGGCUAUGAAGUGAGUUUGUUUUGAAUGUAGAGAAACAUUACGUGGGCUAUAUAUUUAAAGCUCGUGAAUGUGUUCUUGCGUCAGACGUGACGUAAAGCUGCCAAACUAGUUUGUGUGCUCAGAAUAUUAGGCUGAUGUGAAGUUAGUUGGCAGAUUGUCUUGUUGUUAGCAUCAGGAUGAAUAUAUAUAUUAUGAGGGAGCUGUUCUCUGUAAUGUCACAGAAAUGGCUCGUUUGAGCCUGCUAUGGUAUUCAAUGUCAAAUUUUUGACCGGUUUUUUGCUCAGAACCUUGGGUGAUUUUUUUUAUGCCUACUUUUUAGUAGAGACUAUUUUAUCCUCUUCUUUGGAGAAGUUGUGCUUGAAGGGUGCUCUCGUAUAUCUCUGCAUGGGGAAGAACUGUGAACGGGAACUGGAAAAAGUGUUUUAUUGUAUAUUUAAUUGUUAUUUUUGAAUAUUUACUCUUUCACCAUACCUCUUUUUUUUUGUUGAAAAUAUAAAUUUUUGUCUCAAGAAUUUCCAAAAAUUUGAAUCAGUGCCUAUAGAUUUAAAUUAAAAUGCAUAAUUACGACAUAUUUCAUAUA